AUGUCGUCUCCAGCAGUACUAAAAACGAUACGUUCAUUAAAAGAUUCCACCUUUGAAGCUUGCGCGGCCAUCAGCGCAUACUCCAAGACAUCUUUAUCUUCGUUAAAAUCAUCGGAAACAGAUUCCAAAGCGUCAAAGAUUGAGAUUAAGCAUUUGCUCGUCGAGCUGAGGCUUCUCGGAGGCUCACUUCACAGUCUCGAGUCCUUUGUUACUGAGUUGGCAGCCGACAAUGACACUUCUGGCGACAGUACGUUAGGCAUCACGCCAAGCACAUCAGGCUCUGCUUCCGGGAACGAAAAUGAUCGCGAAUGGCCGAUGAUCGACAAAUGCGAGAUACUGGUCUCUGCUUUAAAGUCAUUCCAUGCUUAUGCGACAUCGGAUGGCAUCAAGGCGGCUAGAGCAUCGCUUUCAGACGUUCGCUCUAAAAUUGCCUUUGUUCUUGGGUCGUCCGAUACCUUGGAGGAUAUCGCACUUCAAUUCUCGAUACUCACAACAGACUCUGUCCCCCAGCUUAUGGUCCAGAAGAAGGACCGUGAGACUGUUGAAACCCUUGACCACUACGAUGAAGAUGAGCCCAGCGCAACCGAUGUUUCUGAUUGGCUUACAAUCCUAAACUCAUCUGAAAAUGAUCGCGAACCAGCAGAGUACAACAGAGAAACAAUGCUGAUACAGGCGCGUCGAAUUACAGAGCCAAAAUAUCGAGUGGCAGCCGCAAGAUGGCCAGAACAUGCCGAAAAAUAUUGGCAAAAGCUUAGGCCGCAAGUCUGUACCCUUUUCAGGAUACAAAAGUCAUAUAGCUUCGUGCAAUGGGUUCUGGAAUAUGCUAGGGUAACGUAUCCGCGAACGUUGGGGUCCCUAGCCUUUUCUCCAAGGCUUCUCCUUGAAUUGACAGACGCAUUGUGCGACGGAUCUGUCUCGUCACUUCACAUCGCAGCUGCUCUUGGCUUACCCAGUCUUUGCAGAGAUCUUCUUUCCAUGGGCGCCAAAGUCAAUCAGUCCAGUCUCAUUGGCACGCCCUUGUUCUGCGCCCUUGUUGGCAGCAAAGUCCUCGCAACCCGUACAGAACCAGAAUCAUGGACCACACUGCUUGUUGGUGGCGACUCGAAUGUCGACCAGGCAGCAACCAUUCUUUUACUUAUCGACGGGGGUGCCGACUGCAAAUAUCGUUAUACUUGGAAAAACGGAACCGAAGAGGUAUCACUGGCAGGCCUGGCUUUCUGGACUGCAAUGAUCAGCAAGCACGAGGCUGUAUUCACGCGCAUCGCCAAGGGAGGAGGCAAUCUGGACCGAUCAUUCCACCAGCUCUUGCAGCGAGAAACCUUGACAAAGCGCGGUCUGCUUCACCGUACAAGGUUCGCGCGCCUACUUACCUACGUCUACGAUAUGACCUUGGUCGACAUGGAACGAGAGAGCACAGAAUAUGCGGAAAUACAAGAGCUUGUGUCCAGGGUUAUGAGACAUACCAAAGUCAGAUUUUCGCCUACGACAGAUGGAAAUAUUGAUACUCUAAGCGAUGGAAAUUUUGCAGAAGCCAUACGAACCGCUGUUUUGGAUUUUAACGUCACACUGGUGGAACGAUUGACAAAAGAUCCCAGAUUCGACCCCAACUUUCCGUACGACCAUGAUGGAACUUCUGGUACGAUCCUUCACAUGGCUACAGAGGGUGCGCAGCUCGAAAUUAUGGACAUCCUUAUUCGCGCUGGGGCCGACGUGCGAGCUAGAGACUCGGAAGGUCGUACACCCCUUAUGGUCAUUGAGGAAGUCGGUCCCUUGGCGAAGCUGAUUCUGGAACACUCGGCUCCUACCUAUGAUACAGACAAUGGUGGCCGCAACAUCUGGCAUCUUCUGGCUGCUACAAAUGACGUGAAACUGCUGAUGUAUCUAUGGGACAACGACCCAUUCAAGAUCCGCAACCUUGAAGCCGUAUGCGAGGAUGGGCAUACCCCAUUGAGAGCAGCAUUCGCUUAUAUCAACGCCUUGGAAGGGAUUUCAAAGAGCUCCAAGAAAGUUGGACCCUUGGCAGCCCAGUUCCUGCUGAAGCAGUGUCAGGGGUAUCUGAAAGCAGAGGGUAACGAGCAGUUGGCAAGGUGGGCCAUAGAAUGGGGCGAUGUUGAUCUCGUUAAGAAAAUAUUUCAACUCAUCCCCAGCGCUAACACGGGCGAUGAAUUACUUCUCCGGUCGUUGAACAUAUCGGCCUCCCCUGAGCUUGUUUCGCUCGUUCUUGAAAAGGCUGGGCCCUCUCGGCCAUUUUCUGACGGCCUGACGCCAGCAGAAACAGUCAUCACAAACACAAAGCUCCUACGGCCGCUAGUAGUAGGAUUAACUGCCAAGCCAAGUCUUCACCCGUCUUGUUAUCCCGAGAUGACUCGCGCCGCUUACAUGGACUUGCUCACUCCUGAAGUUCUUAAUUCACGAGACAGCCAGGGAAGAGGUCUGUGGGCAAGGUUCUGUGAUGAUGUACUCUCGACGCUCGGCAGCCGAUCAGCCGACUACCCCAACAACAUGUAUUUCCUGUAUGGGUUUGUGCGUAUGGCAAUAUCGUGCUUGCUUCAGAAGGGUGCUCUCUUGGAUUACGAGAAAGAAACCGGAGAGUGGGCAAUUGCUCGCAUUACCAAGAAAGCCCAAGUUGGUGCCGUCACUUGGACACCUUCCAAAUUGCCAUUUGUUGCCGCCGUUCUGGAAGCGUCCUUUGACGAAACGGAAAAUCCCGAUCUGACCAAAGCUGGCUCGAAAGAGUUCUUUGAUACAAGAGACGCUGCAGUUCUUCUUUCACUUGCUGUGCGCUCUCGGAAACCAGAUAUCGUCGUACUACUUGUCAAGAGCGGCAUCAACGUACACAAGCCAUGGGAGAGUUUUGGUGGCAGAUCAAUUUUCGAGGACUUUUUAGCGGAUGAGCCUGUGGAUGUUUCGAUGAUUAUGCCGUUGCUCAGCAAUACAAAACCACAGGACAUUAUCGCCAACCAACAUUACACUUUCCGAGAGGUUUUAUCCAUACCAGACGAAGCUAUCGCUUUGAUAGUACUUGAAAAACUUAUUGACUGCGGAUUGGAUGUCAACAGUCUCGAAGUUACCAAUCAACCAUCGUUCAGAUCACCAGUCCACGACUCCCCCGGUCCAUCAAUGCUAGUAAAAGCACUUUGUCGUUCAAGAACCAGUCUUGCAAUGCUGCUAGUCCGCCGUGGUGCAGAUGCUAGUUUGGCACCACCAGAUUCUAUCAGUGGCUUCAUGCUGGCCGCCAAGAUUGGCUUUGUGGUUGUGCUUGAGAACAUCAUCGAGAAAGCACCUGAGGAUUUUAACUGGCUAUGCCGUUUUAAUGCUCUGGAACACGGUGAUGUCUUUAAUGCACUUCAGUUUGCUGCAGUCGGGGGUCAUCGCGAUGUCAUGAUGGCGCUUUUGGAAGCUACGCCGUUGGCUGAAGAGAUUGAUACUACCAGUCCACGAUAUGGUCGAUCACCAGCGCAUUUGGCUGCCAAAGCCGGGUCUCUAGACUGCAUCAAGGUAUUGACCAGGUUCGGCGCAGACUUGACUGUCAGAGACAUUUCAGGCAGGACACCACUCUUUUAUGCUCUUUUGGGACCCAACCGAGAGGUGGCUGAGUAUAUCGAAGAGCACAUGCCGGAUCCCAACAGCACCCGAAAUAUUAUUCUCCCACCCUCUUACCCUGACUCGCCUAGCACAUCUUCCAUGUUUUCACUUCCAGAUUCUUCUGACGUUGAUAUGGUAGACGCGUCUUCCGAGACGAUUGAAAACUCAGAACCUCGACGUCUAGGCGACUUGCUGGCUCAUGCAAUUGAUCAUUACCAGCUGAAGAGUGAUGCUCUUUUUAAACCGUUCCUCGAUCACGCUUCGAAGAAAGACCUAGAGUCUGCCGUCAUGCCUUGUGGAGGUUGCACUCUCCUCAGCUACACAGCGUCCAAAAAUCUCAUACGACCUAUGUUGGAGCUUCUUGACCUGGGCUUCAAAGGAUUCGUGACUAGCUGCGAAGAGCAUUGGAAUGACGGUUACAACGCGCUAUUUCAGGCCGCUCGGCAUCUACAGCGACUCAUGGCGUAUGAUAUGUUUAUUUCCCCUGAAAAGGCAUAUUCCUUCUUCGAAAAGUGUCUGGAUGCAUAUUUACAACAAAACCGGCUUUGGUUUCACAUGAGAAUGAGCCCUAUACAUGCUAUUUUUCACUUGGGACAAUCUGUCCACAAUCCUGCGCCCAUACCGAGUUUGGAACAUCAGUACAACGUUCUUCAGAUAUUCAUUAAUCAUUUAACAGAACACGCCGAGCAAUACUGGACUUUGAUGAAAAAAUAUGGACUACUGAAUCUGUUCUCUUUCCCCGAAAACGAGAGCAUCGUGAAGAGAGUCUUGCGGUUCGCUGUCAACCUAACGACCCAGUCAGAUUUUCCAGGCGGGUCUGGUCACACUCCUCUGCACUUUAUGGCUGUUUAUUAUGGCGUAAAGGUGCUCACGACGCGGCAUCAUGAAAUUGUUUGCAAGAUGGCCAAGCUCCUUAUCGAUAGCGGAGCCGAUGUCAACAUUCAAGACGACGCUUCAGCAACACCCUUGCACCGUGCUGUACACUAUGAUCUUCUGCCCUUGGUCGAUGUGCUUUUGGAAGCAGGUGCCGAUCAAGAUAUUCCCAACAAUGAGGGCGUAUCACCUUUGGGCUUGUCAUUACGUCGUGCAUUGUAUGGAAAUUUCGAUAUGACUCGUCGCUUAUUAGAACGUGGUGGCAACCUUGCAACCGUCGCUAUCCAUGAAUUAGGCGGUUAUCAAGAUGACACUUUGAGGAGCCUACACGAGUUGCUCAGGCUUGGUUUGGAUCCUUUUAGUAUUAAUUUACCAGGUCGCGAAACAACUCUUACAUGCAUACUCUCCAACGACAGCCAAAACUACGCCCUGAACGGAGAUUUUGACUUUUACCAACUUGCAGAAGGGGAGCCUUCUUUCUUGAGAAGUGCCUUUUUGGGAAGCUUCGAAGGAUCCACUGUAUACAAAGAAGUGGGCAAAAUGAGAGCAAUCAUUAAGCGCAUUCCGUUGGAAUGUCGUGCUCGUGUUGUGAAUUUCGAGCCAGAUAAUGGACUCAACAUUGGAUUUACAGCCAUCCUCCCGGACAUGGACGACACGUUCCGAUUGUUUCUCGAAGCCGGGUUCGAUAUUGAGCGCGAGAGGCGCGGCAGGGGUUCAGCAUUGAUGUUUGCCAGCAGCGUUGGGGCAUUCAAAUGUUUCAAGAUGCUUAUUCGACACGGCGCAAAUAUCUCAUACCUUGGUAUUGGCAGAAGAGGCGAGCCCGUCAUUAGGUCUGCAGUGGAGGAAGCAAAGAGAUACCCCAAGCUACUGCGGUGGCUCCUUGUCGGCCGUUACUAUGAAACAAAAUACCUUGCCGAGAAGGAGCACAAUGGACCAGACACUGUUGUCAAGCCUUGGUCAGGUCCUUGGAAGGCAGCGUACACAAUGAGAGGUGGUGAUGAUGAAUUUCCCCGGGUGUAUAGCGAAUCUAUGAGAGGAUAUGCUAGGCGAGUAGCCAUGUUGCGUCAGAGACUAAGAGGACUUGUCUUGCCUGUUGCUCUUGUUGAAUGA